UUCGAGUAUCGGAUAAUUGAAGUUGCUACAGAGAACUUUUCUGCUCAAAACAAGCUUGGAGAAGGAGGAUUUGGUGCUGUUUAUAAGGGUAAGUUUCCAAAUGGAAAGGAAAUAGCUGUGAAGAGGUUGUCCAUGGGCUCUCCACAAGGAGAUGCAGAAUUUAAGAAUGAGGUCAUGUUGGUGGCUAUGCUUCAACACCGAAACUUGACAAGGCUUCUAGGAUUUUGCUUGGAAGGGAGUGAAACUCUAGUCUAUGAGCUUGUAAGGAAUUCAAGCCUUGAUAAGUUUAUAUUUGAUCCAAACAAGAGUGCACUAUUGAAUUGGGAAAUGCGCCACAAAAUUAUAGAAGGCAUCGCUCGAGGACUUCUUUACCUUCACGAAGAUUCGCGACUUCGUAUUAUUCAUCAGGAUCUCAAGGCUAGCAACAUUUUCUUAGAUGUAGAUAUGAAUCCAAAGAUUUCAGAUUUCGGCACGGCAAGAUUAUUUGUACUGGAUCAAACUCAAGGCAAUACGCGCAAAAUUGUGGGGACCUACGGAUACAUGCCUCCAGAAUAUGUAAUGCGCGGACAAUUUUCAGUAAAAUCUGAUGUGUUGAGUUUUGGCGUGUUAGUUCUGGAGAUAGUGAGCGGUAAAAAAAAAAACUCUACUUUUCAGGGAGAGAAUGAAGCUGAUGACCUUCUAAGUUAUGCAUGGAAAAUGAGGCAGGGGACAACCUCAAAUCUUGUAGAUGCCACAUUAAAGGCCAGGUCAACAACUCAAAUAAUGAGAUGCAUCCACAUUGGAUUAUUAUGUGUUCAGGAAAAUGUGGCUGACCGACCAACCAUGGCUACAGUCGGCCUCAUGUUUAAUAGCCACUCUGCUACUUUACCAAUGCCCACAAGACCUGCAUUUGUUAUGCACAGCACCAGAUCAGAUGUGUCGUUCCAAUGA